CGGCUGGUUCUCUACCUGCCCAGGUUUGCUCAGGGCGUGGCAGCUGCGGAUAAAGACUCCGGCUUGGCAGUUGCUUUCUCGCUUUCUCCCAGUACCUCCUCCUCCACCCAGCCGGGAGCCACAGGGCAGCGUUCUGACAUGCAAGAGGUGGCCCUGAGCCUGCUGGUCUUCCUGGCCGGCCUGCCUGCCCUGGAUGCCAAUGACCCAGAAGAUAAGAACAGUCCUUUCUACUAUGACUGGCACAGGCUCCGGGUCGGCGGGCUCAUUUGCGCAGCGGUUCUGUGUGCCAUCGGCUUCAUUGUUCUCUUGAGUGGGAAAUGCAAGUGCAAGUUCAGCCAGAAGCCCAGUCACCGUCCAGCAGAUGCCCCGCCUCUCAUCACUCCAGGCUCUGCUCACAACUGCUGAGGACCAACCAACCAGAAGAGCACGGAGAGCUUUUUCUAUCCCCGUGCCCUGGCUUUCCACAGGACCCUCACCCCCAGGGUGGCACCCCUCCUCUCCUCAGAUGCCGCGCCAGGGCUGCGCCUUGCCUCUCAUGGAAGGGGAUUCUGUGUUCAGUGUUUAAUAUAAAAUGAUCUUGCCUCUGGUCAAGGUG